CUGUGACAGUAUACUCUUUCAGUUUUGUACUAUUCUGGUUGCUCCUCUACUAUUUUUAAUUCCUUGUUCUUUUUCCAAUUCUUAAGUGUAGGAGAUCUCCAAGGGACUCUUCAUGGCUCCUUCUUGUCUCUUUCCAUAUUUUCUUCUUAGGCAAAAUAAUAGGCUUCUGUAGAUUUAGAUAUAUUCAGACAUCAUGAUUUCUUAACCUGGGGUUCUUGGAUCUCCCCUCACCCCCAGCCUAAAGGGACUUGAUAGAAUUUAGGGGGUUCAUGGACUUGAAUGAGAAAAAAAAUCACAUCUUUAUCUUUUCACUAAACUCUAACUGAAAUUUACCAAUUCCUUCAAUUAUGAAUGUAGUUAAGCCAUUGUAAUAGCAACAACACUGUGACUUUGUUACCAAUAGAAAUCACAGGCAUUUUCAUAUUUUCCAAUGAUGGCAAGUAUCUCAAAAUUUUAUCUUUUCCCAUUACUACUUCAAAAUCAUGACGGCCGUUUGAUCCACCAAUCUUAAUAUUUAAUACAUUAAUAAAGAAUCAUACAUAUUAUCAUAUCAAAAUUUUAACAUUUUGGUAAUUGUUUUGCAGUAUAGUUUCCUUUGUAACCUUAUACUUUCAAAUUUUCUAUAUUUAGAAACUUUUUUUUUUUUGAGAAACCACCGAUAGAUUUCAUCAGACUACUAAAGGGUCCUUGGCACUCCUCUUACUCCCACACACAAAAAAGGUCAAGAACCCCUACUUUAAAACAUUCUAGCCAUAUGAUCUACCAGGACUUGUAAAGGGGAUAAAGUCCUAGGCAACACGGGAGCCACUUUCUUCAAGCCUAAUGACCUGCUCAAUUUUCUUAGUCUUAUCUUUCAGUUUUGGCUACCUGCUCUAUCUGUAGACCUUAUUUGUCAGAUUGGCAUCUAAUACUCUCUGUGGUCUGAUAAGCUGGUGUUGAUCUUGGACCUCUAUCUUAUAUCCUAGAUUGCAUUCUGCUCUCAGUUACUCUUCCACUUUGUUUACCAACUCUGGGUCUCAACUCCAUACCGGCCUUGCUGUUUUACUGGAUUGCUAACAUAUUUUCUCCUGCAUACAAGGUCGAAAGGUGAACCUUUUCAUUCAGGGUGGAAAAAAUAGAGGAUUCUUCUUGAAGUAUAGUUCUGAUUAUAUCCUUCUGUUCCUCAGAAUGCAUUUGGAAACAGAGCGCUUAUGAAUUUCUCAGGGCACUUUUGGUUCCAUGAAACAAAACCUAUUUCAGGUGGCUUAAGCAAGAUGAGGAACUUACAGAUACAGGGAUAUUACACAGCCCUCAAGAGCAGGGAUAUAGGAACAGGUUGAACAGGAUCAGAGAUUGGCAAACUCUUUCUGUAAAGGCCAGAUGUAAAUGUAUUAGGCUUUGUGGGCCAUACGACCUCUGUCAGUCUACCAUAGACAAUACCAAGAGGAAUGUGUUCCAAUAAAACUUUAUUUACAAAGCAGGUAGCCACGUGCAUUUGACAUACAGGUCAUAGUUUGAGGACUCUUAGAUUACAGUAUUGUCAGGACUCUUUCUAAAACUUAGAGCUAUUAUCUCCAACUCUUUUUUACAAAUUCUCUGUUGUUCUCUUUCUACUGACUAGCUUCUUCAGCUUCUCUGAUUCUCAUGUUGGAAGCUCUGAGCUUCCAUGUCACAAAUUCAAGCUCUCUUGUUUUCCCAGUUCCAAUUCUGAAUCUUUAGGGUAGAAAUGUUGCUUGGCCUUGCUUGGCUCAGGUGCUCACUCCUAGAUCAAUAAGCUGUGGUCAGAGGGUUAGGCCCUGCUGUAUGUACAGGGCUUUGGGGACCCUUACAAUCUCUAGGAUCAGAGGAAAGGAGCAGAAAUCCCAAGGAGCUGAGCAGAUAACCCAGUGAGAAAGUCCUUUGUUGGCAUUCAUUCAAACCUACUUUUUCAGCAUUGUCCUCUACUAGUCCCCUCAUAUUCCUUUCUGAAGCAAAACCAACUCCUUGCUGUUCUCCUCACACACCCUGAAUAGUCUCACCCUGCAUCCUCCCUAUCUGCAGACAGAAAUUCUACUCAUCUUUAAAGUACCUUCUAUGGCCACCUUUUUCCUUUACAUCCACACAACACUGUAUUAGUACAGUGUGUCUUGUUCUGUCACUAUUUCUGUAUCUGUCUUUUUCUUUCCUAGACAAUAGGUGCUCUGCUGACAGAGAAAUGACUCGUUCAACUUUUUAUCCAUUCUUGUACCUUUCACAGAGUAGGCUCUGAGUUCCAAUUAUUUGAGUUUAACUAUAUCUUCAUAGCUGAAUAAUUCCAAACUGAAGAAAAUGCUGACUUUUAUAAAGAUUUGCAUUUAUAUAGGAAAUACGGUAUCUACUUUUAAGAAAAUUAUUUUCUAUUUUAUAAACGUGCAUUUCCACAUUUAUGGUAGCAAAAUUAAAGUAUAUUUGCCGAGAGAUACUAAAGACAGCAAAACUUCUAUUUAAAAUUUUAAACACGAAGAAGAAAUAAAGUCCCAUUAGGAUCGUCUCUUCUAUUAUUGAAGGAAAUUUAAAAAGAUUCCUACUACAGAAAUGGCUUUAAGAAAAGCAAUAGGAAAGGUUAUAAAUUUGAAAUAUUCAUAACUGUUCUAAAAAAUACUUCAUAAUGAUUGCUCUUUGUGCAAGAAAUGUAUCAAAGAGCCAGAGACCUCAUCAUCUAAUUUCUUACUUUUCCUUAAUUAACAUUGUUCCCAGACCUCUGCUAAACUCCCGUGUUGAAAGGAAAAAAGUAAAUACAGUACAGCAGGGAAAACUGGUUCCUUUCGACAAAACUGUGAGAGAGGCUUGAGCUUUUGUCAAACAGAAAGCACUUGAUAAAAAACUAUUCCUAAACUAUUAGCAACUAUAUAGAAGCUUUUUAUUUAACAGCAUCCUCCUGGGAAACUGCGCUGGAAUGUGCAGCGGUUCUGAAAAAGGCACAGAUUUGGCUGAACUGUAAAUAUUAGGUGCACAGAGGCGAAGCCAUUGUGUAGGGAGGGGUGGGGCAGGUAGGGUCCUGAUUUCCAAUGUUGAUAGAAGGAUUCCAAUUUCGUUUGGUAUUUAUUUUUUUCUACUACAAUUACAGUUUUGCUGAGAAAAAUAAAAUAUUGGUUGUGCUCCCAUCUGGGUUUCUAAUUUUCAGUGUGUACAGACAAGAGAAGACCUCUCAUUUACCCAAAAGAAUCACCUUUCUGCAAUCUCCAGUGCUACUGGACAAACAAACGAGCCCAACCCCACCGCCCACACCUCCCAAGCACCCGGCUCGCCGAUCCCGCCUGCUUCAGGUAGCUGGGGUUUGCCCGGUACGCCAGCGGCCCUGAGACGAUGUGUGCCCCCAGCACGAUCGUGUCUGUUGGCAUUUCUGGGUGUGGAUGCUCCAAACCAGUAAACCACAAUACAGAACCCAAGCUUGGACUUUGAACCGAGCCCUUUUGCCUAGUUUGCUUUUUCCUCAUCAAGCCAGGAUCCUUGCCAACCCACCUCACAGCUUCUGCCCGGGCUGUGGCUCCCCUCCAGCCACCUGCGCGUGUUCGGGAUAGAAGCGCAGUCAGGAGGGGAGCUCAGUCCACCAGCCACUCCAGGGAGAGACGGAAACUACAAAUCCCAUCAAGCCCCGCAGCCGGCUCCCUCCUCCUCCCUCUCCUUCCCCUUCAGCCUGCGGCCGGGCGGCGCUGGGCUUUUAUCUGCCGACCCGGCGGGAGGGAGCCAGAUCCCAGCGAUCUUCCCCGACGGCAGCGCUUUACCCAGAGGCUGCCGGCGGCUCGUAGCUGGGUUCAGCUCUGCGUCCACGCCAGCCCGGAGCCCGGGGGGCAAGGGGUCUGUCCCGGGCGCACCGAGAGGAUGGUCAUCCGCGUGUUCAUCGCCUCUUCCUCGGGCUUCGUGGCGAUAAAGAAGAAGCAACAAGAUGUGGUUAGAUUUCUGGAAGCCAACAAGAUAGAGUUUGAGGAGGUGGAUAUCACAAUGUCAGAAGAACAGAGGCAAUGGAUGUACAAAAACGUCCCCCCGGAAAAGAAACCCACUCAGGGCAACCCCCUGCCACCUCAGAUAUUUAAUGGCGACCGAUACUGUGGAGAUUAUGACAGUUUUUUUGAAUCCAAGGAAAGCAACACAGUCUUUUCAUUUUUAGGCCUGAAACCACGGUUGGCAUCAAAGGCAGAACCUUAGAGAAGAAGAGUGGAAGAUGACGGAGAUGCAUUUUGAAGCACCCCCUGGUACUCAGCACACACAUGCUUACCUAAUGCAUCACUGUGACAAAAGCCACACGCAUUAUCAGUAACUUUGCUUGCCACGGAAAAGGUGUUUUUGAAAGAUGUGGCUAUAAUGAGAAUUGCAUGAUUGCUUUAAACCAAAUCAGGUGGUGGAUUUUUUUUUUUUCUUAUUCUAUUUGCCUGCAGUUGCCUCACUCACCUGGAAAUACCGUCACCUGUUACAGGUGUACUUUCUUAAUGACUGAAAGAUAAGUGGGUAGCACCGUCAGAGAGAAAAUGUUGGAUCUGCCCUAGGUUAUAGUAGAUGCCGGAAUUGCGUAAACCCACUUCUCUUUAAGCUGCCUGGAUUGCAUCUUUGAAAUAUGUCUGCCAAGUUGUUAGAAUCUUUGAAUCAGAAGGAAAAAAAGCAGCGCUGGUUGACAAAGGGUGUUGAAGAUUUUUGCUGCAGAAUCAGUUACAAACAUCACAGUUCCCAUGCUUUGUAAUAACACCUGGUGAAAAAGUUAGAUAUUCUAGACUUGUUUUAGUAAUGGAAACUCUUACCCCCACAUAUUAUCCAACUUCCUACAGAUGUUUCCAGAAAUCCCUGUUGUAACAUCAGGUGAUCAGAGCUAAGUUACUGGGAUGACAAUAAUUGCUAUUUGAAAUAUAUGCUUCUUUAUUUCUUGCAAGGGGCAAGUUUCACCCAAAUGCCUGAGACUGCUUGAAAGAUAUAUUUUAAGUGGUGCACUAAUUAGUGAAUUUAUAGGAAAAUUAUCUGACGAGUAUCUGAAGGCAUUUUCAGCUCUAGCAAUUUAUUUAUAAUAUAUAAGUUCAUAUAUUUUUUAAUCCAGCUCCCCUAACAGACAGCUGCUGCUUCUAUUUUGUGAAGGGACUAUAUUUUUUGAGAAAGGAAAAUCUCAGUUAGAUAUAUUUUGUGAACCCUUGAUUAGACAUAUUAAAAUAUACCAAUGUUGUAGUAAAAUUUAAUUUUUCCUUUUGUUACUUUUCAUUUGCCUCUAAUUUUGCUUGCUCAUAUUUCUGGCCAAUGUACAGCCUCAUAUUUUUCAGAGUAAUACAGAUACUUGUUCUCAUUCCGUAUAUGAGCACAAGUAAGGUUUCAGAGCAACACAUAUGAGAAAGAGAGUAACCCGGAAUUGUACUUGUCAAGAAAAAUCUGUACUCCUAUUGGAGUGGAUGCUGAUGAACAUCGAACAUAUCUACUUCAUUAGAGCAGAGGCUAUUUUUCUGCAUUCUUGUCCCUAUAACAGGGAUGCUUAAUUUUUUUUUUAACUUAGAGUUUUAAAUUGCCAAACAUGGGAACAGCCUUGAAUAGGAUAAAUUUUCAGAGGGCUGCCUAAAAUAUUUUAUUUCUAGCAUCCUGAUUCUGGACUUUUCAUUAUAAUUCUGAGCAGGAAAUUUAUAAGAAAUUGAAAGAGCAGAAGAAUUACAGCCCUGUCACAUGUGCCCAGCACUCCGCCCCAUGCCUUGCUAAAUGUAGACUAAAGAACUUGUUGAAUGCUAAGGCUGAAAUCCCAACCUGAGAUUUGUAGUACAGGAUUACAACCAGAAGGAAAGUAUGACAGAUUUCUACUUAACUAGAACGGACACAUGAUCCACAAUUUUCUCUUCAAGGGAAGCUGUUGUCAAAUUAUGGAUAUUACUGGUUAGUUGUCAUUAAGUAAGAUCCAGGUCAAAUUCCAUUUGACAAAUCCCAGGGACUAUCCAGGAAUUUUUUUUUAACUGGAUAUUGUGUUUGAGUAUGUGAGUCUUCUGAUAAAACUUAGAAUUUCUUUUUAAGCAGUUGUAAAAAUUGUCAUGUUGUAAUUCAUUACUCAGCUAACAUUUAGUCUACUCUUGCUAGUGAGUGCCAAGAACCAACUUGGUAAGGUUGAGGCUUUGCAAGUUAACUGCUGGGGUUAUAGGAUCAAUACCAUACUUGCUAGACAAAGCUACCCAGAUUUGUCUUAUAUUAUAAUUUUUGAGUUAACCAUAGUAUACCUAUUAUGAUUAUAGUAAACAGACUAGUGGGUAGUAAUGCUAAAUUACUAUCACAGUUAUGUACCAUCUCCCCACCCCAUUUUUUUUUUUUGAUCAGCAAAGAAAUACAGGAGACCAGUCUCAAGUGGUGCUGUACUUGUUAUGAGUGAGGCAGCAGCACAGUGUGUGGCAUUUACAUGGUACCCAGGCUCCACAGAGUACCAAGAUGUUGCCCUCUGGGACCACACUUAGUUCAGAGAAUAUGGGGUCCUUACUUGUAUUCUUUUAUCAGCUGAUUUUGAAACAUAUAAUAAUGAUUUUCUUGUUCCCUUCUUUAACUAGCUGCCUUUAGAUUUUGAUAAUCACAGUCUUAAAAUACUAGGAAAGAAGUGGAUGGGAAUUGUAGGCAUAGAUUUCAUAUCAAGGGCAUUUCAAGACAGAAUUUUUAUUUCCUGUAGUAGGCUUGCUGGAGCAAAGGAAAUGUGCUGCUAAAAAUCAACUUAUGCCAUUUUAAAAUUAGAUAAAAUAUGGAGUGCCAUCCUGCUAGGUGUGUACAGACCAGAAGAAAAUUUAGGUGGGAAAAUACUUGUUUUUCCAAAUUCUGGUGUUUUAUUACAAUCAAAGAAGAGGAAAGCAAGGUAUUUUUUCACCUCAGACUCUAAUAUAUUCUAGAUUUGUUUCUGUUUUAUAGAUUUAAUUCAAUACCUCCACAUAGAUGUUUUUAUAUUACAUGAAUUUAAUAAUAAACUAAACUUUUUUUGUCUCCCAUUAUUGAAAAGUACCAAAGCUUCUUUCUGUUGUGUUUGAUUUUACUAUAGGGGUUUUGCUUUUUCUAGAGAUACUUUUCAUUUAACAGCUUUUGUUAAGUGUCAGGCUGCACUUUGCUCCAUAUAAUUAUUGUUUUCAGAUUUCAACUUGUAUGUGUUUGUCUCUUAAAGCAUUGGUGAAAUCACAUAUUUUAUAUUCAGCAUAAAGGAGAAUAAAUUCCAGAAAACACAUAUUCUGAAAAUGGAGUGUUUGUUCCCUGCCAUUUUUCACACCUCUCUUAAUUUUAGUUCUGUUUAGUUGAGAGGCUGUGAUUUUACUCUUGCCUGUGAACCUCAUGCAUGAAAGCAGCACAUUAAAUUGUAAAAAUACAAACAGAUCGUGUGAUCAUUCAAGGAGCCAGACAUGAGGUCCUGCACGAGGGUGUUGGGAGGACACCACAGAUUCAUCUCAGACAGUGAUCAGGACUGAGGAUGGAGUUAAAUCACUCAGCCCCUGGGUGGGGUGGGGUGGUUCAAAUGGAUGACUGAUCUCCUGAGUACACUGAAGCCACAGGCUGGUGGCCAUGUUCUCUGAAUUGGGUGCAGAAGACAAGGGCAGAGUGGCUGCGGCCCCUAUUACCUUUGUAGCAGCCACAUCAGAAAGCAGAAGAAAACAGUAUUUCUGAAGGCAUUGUUUGAGGUUGAUCUCAGCACUGAACGAUUUCAAGCCCUACGCACCAGAACAGAAGGAGGGUGGAGGAAGGGAUCAGAGGGAACGAGCUGUAGGUUUGCAGAAAUGUGUGAAACCAAAAUGAUCACUGCCUACUUGUGAUUCAAAUCUUCAGAGUUUUCCUGGUUCUUCUAGAAAUACACGUCAGGUUUGUUUGUUCAUCCUUUCUGUCAGCAUGGAUCAAGCCCCUAAAAUGUGGUAAGUAUUGUCAGAGCAGGGCAAUAUCUCUACUCUCAAGUAUGAGGGGAAUAGAAACAAAGCAGCAGUUUUAGCCAGGGUUCAAUGAUAGAGUGGAGGUAAAUUAAGAGCCUCCAGGCUGUGAUUCACCAUUUGAGACAUUAUACAUAAUUUGUUUUUGUUAUAAGCCAUUUGAAUUUUUAAAAAAUUUCAUACACGCAAUGGAAUAUAGAUAUGUAUAUACACAUAUAAUAUAUAUGCUAAAGUAUAAAGAGUAAUAAUAAUGACAAUAAACAAACCCCUGUGUGCCUACCACCCACCUUAUUGCCUUUCCUUUGAGGUACCGUGUGCUGUUUCCUGAACCUAUCUCUAUCCCUGUCUGAUAGAGGGAACCCCUGUACUGAACUUUGUGUUGACCAUAGCCUUCUUGUCUUUCAUCACUUUAUCUCCAUGUAUGUAUCCUUAAAGAAUAAUAAAUGGAAUUAAACUGAA